CAACAAAGCAUGUCAAUCCGGCAUUAGCUGAAGUUUGGAAAAUUGGGAUCACAAUUUAGACUAAUUUUAGACUUUACCUGAUAAAAACAUGGUUCACUUGUCUCUAGUAAGGAUGGUCAGAUCUAGAGGACCAGAUAGAUAUUGGAGGAGGAAAUUCUACCUGGACCAAUCGACGCGAUACUUUGGCCGUAGGAGGAACUGUUUUUCAGUGGCUGUUAGAGCUGUCCGGAGGGCUUGGCAGAAUUCAACUGCUGGUCGGAAGAAGAAAAAGGGACAAAUGAGAAGGCUCUGGAAUUUGAGGAUCAGUGCAGCUGCCCAGGAGCAUGGUUUAACAUAUGCACCUUUCAUUGGAAACCUUUUAAAGCACAACAUCCAGCUCGACAGGAAAGUCCUUUCUCAUCUAGCCAUAUAUGAACCAAAGACAUUUAAGUGUUUAGCUGAGCUGGCCAGGCAGAAACAAAAGGAAGGAAUGUUAGCAGCACUUGAAAAGAACCCAGAGGGUGUCCUAUCCCGUGGCGUCACGCAAGAAGACCUUUUGGCCGAGAGCAUCCGGAAACUGAGACUGAGCUCCAGCCCAUCUGCUUCAUCAUGACCUCAUAGUGCUCUGUUUUUGAAAGACUUUGAAUAUUUGCCCAUCUAGCACCAUACAUGGAAGCUGAUUGGAUGGAUGUAUAUGGAUAACUGUUGGAAUGUUUGAACCCUUCUGAAUAUGUAACUGAGCCUGUCUGUUUCAUGAGGAACAUAGAAUCGUCACAUGAUUAUUAACCCAUCAACAACUGAAUUCUGCAAUUCUCAUAGACUUUUCACAGGGAUCUAUUGGUUGCAGGAAGCAAAUAGUUGGUAAUAUUUAUAACAAUAAUAUGUACUGCACAUUUUCUGGUAUAAAUGUUGCUUGAGUUGCUGAUGUAGAUUAUCUUCUUUACCCCUUUCAUUGGAUUAAAAGGACAAAGUCAGUGGCAUUUUUUCCUAUGGGGAAAGAUACAGAGCUGUUACAGUUUUGUAAAUGGUAAAAAUUAAUCAAAUAGCGCUUAAUAAGCACAACAAUAAAAACAGUGGCUCAAUGAAUUAUGUUGGUGGUUGUGUGAAUAGCACUCGCAUCUACCACUACUUGAACAUGUUGAAUGACAAAAGGGAAGGUAGAGAAUCA